AAAAAGGGGGGAGAAAGCCGGGGGAGAAGCCCCUCCACCUAACACCAAACCCAGACCGGGGGGUGGAAGAUGUCUUCUGCCUCUCCCACCACCGCGAUUCCCAGCGUGGUGGCGGCGAUCAAGCAAGAGAACGUCCUGGAAAUGUUCUGCGGCGGGGCGACCGAGAAGGUAACCUCGGGCGGCUCGGCUCCCACCUCUGCACAGCCUUUUGGUCUCGCAGCGGCGGCGGCUCGUUUUGCUAGGAAGGAAGGAGCCGGGGAAGAAGAGGAGGAGGACGACGAGGAGGAGGAGGAAGCAGCCGGGAGGGUCGCGGGUCAAGUUCUACUCCACUCGGAACUUUUGGUGCGGAAUCUCGGCGCCGUUGCCUCCGCCGCCGCGUCUCCCUUGUCCUCGCCUUCGCCCCGAUCGUCGUCCUCGUCUUCCUCCUCGCCCCAGGCUCUGCUGGCGUUCUCCCCGGACCACGUCGCUUGCGUCUGCGAGGCUUUGCAGCAAGGCGGGAACCUAGACCGCCUGGCCCGGUUCUUGUGGUCCCUGCCCCAGAGCGACCUGCUACGUGGCAACGAGAGCCUGCUCAAAGCCCGGGCGCUGGUGGCUUUCCACCAGGGACUCUACGCCGAGCUCUACGGGAUUUUGGAGAGCCACAGCUUCGACGCCGCCAACCACCCUCUCCUGCAGGAGCUCUGGUACAAGGCGCGCUACAGCGAGGCGGAGAGGGCCCGCGGCCGACCCCUGGGCGCCGUCGACAAGUACCGCCUGCGCAGGAAGUUCCCGCUGCCCCGUACCAUCUGGGACGGCGAGGAGACGGUCUACUGCUUUAAGGAGAAGUCGCGCAAUGCCCUCAAGGAGCUCUACAAGCAGAACCGGUACCCUUCCCCGGCCGAGAAGCGCAACUUGGCCAAGAUCACCGGCCUCUCGCUCACGCAGGUCAGCAACUGGUUCAAAAACCGGCGGCAACGGGAUCGCAACCCCGCGGAGCCGCAGUCCAAAAGUGAGUCGGAUGGUAAUCCCAGCACAGAAGAUGAAUCCAGCAAGGGGCAAGAGGACUUGUCUCCACGUUCCCUUGCAAGCACCUCUGAUGGCGGCACCAGCUUAAGCCUUCCUAGCCCAAUGGAGCAAGUAUAUAUGCAGCAACUUGGAAACUCCAAAAUAUCCUUAAGCUCCUCAGGAGUUUUACUGAAUGGAAACCUUAUGCCUCCGAAUCCAUCUGUUUUUCUUAAUGGUACUUCUUUCAUUCAGGGCCCCAAUGGUCUCCUCCUCAAUGGUCUCAGUGUGGGAUCUUCUCAGGCGGUAUCAUCAAGCCCGCUCAAAACAUCGCCCAACGCUUUGAGCAAUGGAAUCUCCAUGGGUGACAUGUUAGUCCCAUCCUCAGAAGAUGUGAAAGACUUCAAACUCCUCCAGACUUCUCUGUCCAAUUCCAUUGCACCCUCAACACCCACAACAACAUACAGUCCCAAUUCUGGGCCUGUCUCUUUCCCAGGCUUGACACCAAGCAUGGAAGUAAAGAGGGAAGAAAGUGAAGAAGCAAUAGCAUCGCAAGACAGUGGCUCAGUAGUCACGUUUACCGCUCCAAUCCAAAUCAACCAAUACGGCGUUGUCCAAAUCCCUAAUUCAGCAAACAGUGGACAGUUACUUAAUGGAGGCCUCAGUUUUUCCCCAAUGCAGCUGCCCCCAGUAUCAGCAACAACUUCCCGAGGUAGCCUUUCCAUUAACCAAGGCACAUCAAGCAAUGGCACAUUUACUACUGACUCUACAACAGCACAACAAGGGAAGGUGUUUUUCAGCUCCCUUGCUCCCAGCACUGUGGUGUACACCAUCCCAAACACCAGCCAGCCAGUUGAGCCGGUGAAACAGGAAGGACUGGAAACUAGCCUGGUGUUUUCUCAAGUCAUGCCCCUUGGUCAAAAUGCCCAGCUCCAUGCUAAUCUACCUUCAGACAACUUACCCAAUGGGGUCCUCCAGCCAGGAGGAGCCUCCUCCUUAGUUAACGUGACUAUAUCGCAUAACUUUUCCCUUGGACCACCUUCCCUUUUAAAUGCAGAAGAACUCAACCCAGCCAUUUCUGAGAGCCCACCAAUGCAACCCCCCACAACAAGCGGGCCGACUGUUGUUUCCAUUAGUAAUGCAAACUAUGCAACCCUUCAGAACUGCUCCCUCAUCAGCAGCCAUGACUUGGUGUCCAUUUCUCCAGUGCAAGCAGCGCUAACAGGGAUCGGUGGGGUAGCAAGCAAUGACAUUGGAUCCCACCCCUCUUUGCAAGGACACCCCCAUUUCACUCGAGAACAGCGGCUGAUCCUGCAGUCCAUUCCCACUCUAAAGGAAAACUUUCUAUCUGAUUCAGAAAGCAGAUCAGGAAGCAGUUCGGUGAUGCUGGAUCCCAAAAUCAAAUAUGUUACUAGCAAUAUAGUUGAUGCCAUCUGUGAAGAACUGGGGACAGACAAGAAACAGCUGGCUAAACUCCAGACAGUACAGAUGGAAGAAGAUAUGCAAGACCUGUAAAAAAAAAACUUUAAGAUUAAUAAUCUUGUAUUUGCAUUUCAGUAGAAAAAUCUCUUCCUUUGAAGACUAGAAGUACAGCAGUGGAUUUUUUCCCUCCCUUAGGCAUAUAGAAAAAUUAAAAAAUGCACAUUUGAAGAAGAAUCCAGUUUACUAAAAGGAGGUCUUCACUAAAAAUACAAAGUUGCCAUGCAAUGUUUGCAUGAAUGCUCACUUUUGUUAAGCCUGAUCAAAAGAAAUUACACAUGGCUGGAAGGGAAAUGCCAGUCAAAUAUGAGACGGCUUGGCUUACCCAAGUAGCUUCUUUGGACAGGGAGAGAAUCAAGGUAAUUUCAGAAUGUUUAUUAACCAAUAGCUAUUGGUUAGGAAAAAGAUUAUCAUUCUAAAAAGACUGGAACUAAAAGAGAAAAGACAUACUGGGUUUUGUUUUUUGUCUAGAUUCAAUUUUACUGAGAGAUGGUGGGCAUUGAGAAAUUGGUAUUUCAAUUUUCAACUUUAAAGGAAUACUUUAGGUAAUACCUCACAAGCUACUGUUACUUUCUUUUGCGAGCACAAUUGCAAAUACACUCUUUUGUGUGUGUGCGUAUGUGUGUGUGUGUUUGUUGUUAAAAGUUUUCCACCAGGAUAUCACCCUCUGCACUCUCAAUCUUUAUAGUUUUGGAAAUGGUGCAAGUUUUCUUUGUCUUGCUUGAAUCCAUAGGAGAGGGGAAGAAACCAUUUUGCCACUUGAAAUUAUGCAACCCAGAAUCCUUGGCUCUGCCACCUAUGUAAAUAUUAUUUUAAUUGUGCUAAUGAGAAUUGUUUUUAUUAGUAGGAUGAUUCUAUUUAUAAUCAUUGGUGUCCAUUUUAUCAUUUUGAGAUUUGAUGAGCAGUUUAAUUUAUUUUUUUCUUUCUGUAUUUUUGAACAGGAAAUUAUUUCUGCCUAUUUUUAAAGAUUUCUUUCCCCUAUAAAGCUACAUCAAUUGAUUUUCUUUCUUUCUUUCUUUCUUUCUUUCUUUCUUUCUUUCUUUCUUUCUUUCUUUCUUUCUUUCUUGGUAACAAUUUGUAGUAGUCUUAUAUUUGACUAUGUUGCAGUUAUAGGCUUUGGGACAAGCACUUGUGAAAGUGUUACUUCUGUUUUAGUUUUAGAUAAUUUUACAAGGUUUGAGGAUGGCUGCUGGUUGGUUUAUUUUUUAAAUCCUAUGUGCCUUUCUUCCUAGUGGCCUUAAAUCCUUGUUCUAACCAGCACAGCUGUUACAUAGUAAAAGAAUCUGCCUAGAACAGUGGUAAAUUCCUCUUUGCUGGAGGUUUUCAGACAGGUUAGUUAUCCUCCAAGGAUGAUUUAAUUGAAUGCUGUACUGAAGAGAGGGUUGGACUGUAUAGAUGAUCCAGAAAGUCCCUCAUAUAUUCUAUUAUUCAUCAACACAGGAAAAGAUAAGUCUGUCAGGCAGCAAUCAAAACAGUGGUCCUAAUUCCUUUACAUAUGCAAGAUCCCUUUGAAAACUCCAUUGCUCUGAUAAAUAAAGGAUGAGAGAUAGUAGAUGUGACAUAAAUACAGGAUACCUCUGACAGAUGGUAUGUUGCUUAUUAAUAUUCAAAAGUAUUUCCCUUCUUCCUCUGUAUUCCAAUUCCCUCAAUUUGUUAAUUCGCAGUCGUUUGGAGAGCUUAUGCCGUCAUUUAUUCAGCCUUUCUGCAUGUCAGAAAGUGUUUACAGGUCUAUGAAAAGAUGACUGCAAUAUAUCAAACUCAAAAUAAAUAUCUUGCUUCAUCACUUUAAAGGUAGUAAGAACCCUUGAGAAUCUUUUCUUUUGGGGAAAUGGUUAAAGGAAUUACAGAUGUAUGAAAUAUCAGAACAAAUGCUAAAUCCUUCUGUAUUGCUAGAAGUUAAAUUUCAGAUAAAACAAUACUGGUAGUAUUUUAAAGUAUUGGACUUGGGUAAGCAUCAGUGAUACAACUGAAUGUAAAAAAAUCUCCUCCAACAGAGUGCUUUUUGUGAUUGUGGUGGCGCAUGAAAGCAUUCUCCCAAUUUUAUUUCUAACUCGUCUCUUUUUGCAAUAUACCAAAGACGAGGAAGAAGGAUCUGGUCAGGUUAUCUCAAGAACCUCUGUAGAAAUGGAACAUGUCAGCAGUUGCUGCCUGAGCUGCAAUUGUUAUUAGAUCAUUAAAGGAGAGAGGACACAGACAUAUUUGGAACAUUAUUUGGAAACAACAGUGUGCUGAGGAAAAAGAAGUCCUUUCCAAAUCCACCACAGCAAGAACCUGAAGGACAAAAGGCUAUUUGUUUUAAGUCAAGAUCCUUCUUCCCUCUCGCUUUAUUUAAUGAGGUGAAAAAGAUUGCCUUACUGGCUUUUAUCCGGCUGCCUGGAUUCCCAGUUAGUGCACUUCCCAGCCAUUAAAAAAUCUUUAAAAAAUUAAAAAACCAAAGGCUGAUAGAAUGUGCAUAUAGUGGAAGGAAGCUUUUGAUGUAUGAAUGAGAACACACAAUGUAGACAUCUUCUUAAGGUGUUCAAUACAGACAUCAUACUUGGAUCUCUCAUGUUUAUUGCUUUUCCUGCACAUAGAAAGUUUUUGAUUUGGCAGAGAAAUUGCUUUCGUUUCAAUAUCUAGUUUUCAAACAGAAAAUGGUAUAAUCUACAUUCUAAAAGAAGCUGUAUCACAUGCUGCACAUAUAAAUGCUCUGUUUAAGUUGCUGAAAUGUAGAGGUCCAUUUUGAAUGAACAAAACAGCAGGUUAAGUGGUUGCACGCAAGAUUGUCCUGACUCUGGAGAAAAGCAUCUCUGGAUACUUUUAUUUGAGACAAUAGCUGAAAAAAAAGGGGGGGGGGUUAUGGUAGAUAUAAUUGCUCUACUACCAGAGAAAGGCUGAUCCAAGUAGUUAAUUGAUCAUCUGUUCUGAGAGGAGUAAGUUGUCCUUUGGUAUGUGAUCUAAAUUAAUGCAAUUUUGUAAUUUCAGUAAACUUGUAAGUACAGUAUCAAAGUUGUUGUCUAGUUUAGACUGUACUGUAAGUUUAUUUUAAAGUGAUUAACAUUAUUUCUCUAGUGAUAUAGAAAACUGCAUAGUAAAAUGGUGAAAGUCAUACGCCUGUAAUUCAGAAAGAUUGUCCUUUCUACUUUAGCAGCACUUCCUGUUCAGAAAUAGGUACAGCUUCCCAAGAUGUAAAGGAAUCUGUUUAAAGGAAAAUCAGACUUAUGAAUUGCUGAUUCCCACAAUCAUUUUUGAAGUGGGAAAAAGUGUUAGGUAGCAAGCCCCUUCACUGUACAAAAUGUGGGGGAUGGGGUGUUGCCCACAAGAUGUAUGUUUCAUCUCAGAAAUCUGUAUGCACUUUCCAAUUGCCACGAAUGCUUCCUAGAAACUAUGAUUUAAAAAAGAGGUGUGGAAUUCCCAACUUGAAAUAAUUGUCUUGAAAAAACAGAGGAUCCAGUUUCAAGACCACUAGGGUCCUUUCUAAAUGUGGCAUUUCCACCACGUCUACCCACCUAUGUGGUCGCAUGCUGUUGUCAAUACUGUUGGGCUGAAGAGCUUCUGGUUCAGCAGUAGCACUGCAGAUAUACUUGCCUUGUCCCAGCUCUCUUCCUUUCCCAUCUGAGGUUAAGAAGGCAUCAGGCCACCGCUUUGUUUUCCUGUCUUUGUAACAUGAGAGAAGGGUGACAACUGUGCAACCACCACUCUUCAUGGUAGUUGGUCACUUUAAAAAAACAAUUUAUGAACACAUACUUGUGAAAUUAGAAAACUAGUCAAGAAGUAUGUUUCUGCAUUCCCCAGUUACUUAGCUGAAGGGGAUACAAGAGCUGUUCAACCGAGAAAAAUCACAGGGCUCUAUGAAAUGGUUUGUGAUAGUUUGGAGUUGAUCAUGGUGGCUAUGCAAAAAGACUCUGUGGUAAAUGAUAAAUGUCUUGGUUUCAGCCAUGCACACUACUUUGUUCCAGGAUAAACACUAAAUCCUUUUGACUGCUUUUUAUAGUUACGGCUGGGUUUCUGUUUGUAACAAUUACGUAUCUAAAAGUGAACAUCCCCUCAUCUAACCCAGUGGUUCCCAACCUUUUCUUCACUGUAGGCCCCCUUUAAAUAUCUUUUGUGACCACAGACCUCCAAGACCUGAUUUAAAUCACAUUUCUUCAUACCUUUGUGGACCGCCUGUGACAACAUUGCAGCCCCCAGGGGUUCUUGGACUACAGGUUGAGAAUCAGUUCUAACAGUUAGAAAACCCAUUCAUUCUUUUUACAUGUUGAUGGGCACCUAAGUCAGUGGAGGGGUGGAGGCGGUACGCCCCGGUAUGGGUGUAUUGGUGCCUGCCCGGAGCACCAGGUACUGUUCUGGUACGGUGCUCCAUA